GAACCGACGAUAGAGAUCAGCCGACAGGAGGAGGAAGGGAUCGGUGACGAAGAGGCGCAGCGAAACGGAAACGGUUACGAAUCGCACGGCUUUUACGUCCAUCGGCGGGAAAAAGUGCGGCGAAUUGUGGAGAAUCUAUACUUCCGGCUCUUCGGUCUGGUCAUCAUAAUUGUGGAUCUAAUGCUUCUGGCCGUCGAUCUCUGUGUCGACGAGUCCGCCACCGAAACCAUUAUUUUUAACUCACUGUCGAUGCUUUUUGGCACUUAUUUCGUGAUUGAAGUGUCGCUCAGAAUAUACGCCAAAACAAUCCAUAUAUUCUUCACUGAUAUGUUGGACACAUUGGACUUUGCGGUCAUUUUUGUCAGUUAUUUCGUGACCGCAAUCUAUUGUUUCGUUGAAUUAAGCGGUUAUACUCGACUUGUACUGUUUGGUCGAGUGGUGCGUCUAAUCCGGUUGGUUAUGUUGAUCCGUAUCUUCUAUACUGAGCCCCGAAACGUGCGAAGAGGUGUCCGACAGAAGGUCUCCGAGAAUAAGCGCCGAAUGCGGACUUCGCUCUUCGACUUGGAUCUGACUUAUGUGACCGAACAGAUCAUUGCCAUGUCUUUCCCAUCCAGUGGAAGAAUGGCUUUCUAUCGCAAUAAUAUCAAAGAUGUGGCGGCUUUUCUGGACAAGAAUCACGGCUUAGACUCGUAUAAAGUGUACAAUUUAUGCGCUGAGAAACAGUACGACACGACUUACUUUCACGGA